UGAACUACCCUAUUGGCACCCUAGAACUACAAUCCCCAGAAUGCCGCAGUGCAGGCUCACUUAAGGGCUCUAGGCACUGCAGGAUCGGCAGCCGGGGUACUCUGGCUCACCUGCGUUCAUGGCUUCUCCUUGCAAGGCGGUAAUUGUUCCCGGGAACGGAGGCGUGGAUAUUGCGGCCCACGGAUGGUACUGCUGGGUGAAGAAGAGGCUGCAUCAGAUACCUGGUUUCCAGUGUUUGGCUAAAAACAUGCCUGACCCAAUUACAGCUCGAGAGAGCAUCUGGCUGCCCUUCAUGGAGACAGAGCUGCAUUGUGAUGACAGGACCAUCAUCAUAGGCCACAGUUCCGGGGCCAUCGCGGCCAUGAGGUAUGCAGAAACACAUCGAGUGUAUGCGAUUGUAUUAGUGUCUGCAUACACAUCAGACUUAGGGGAUGAAAACGAGCGUGCAAGUGGCUACUUCAACCGCCCCUGGCAGUGGGAGAAGAUCAAAGCCAACUGCCCUCACAUUGUGCAGUUUGGCUCCACUGAUGAUCCUUUCCUACCCUGGAAGGAACAACAAGAAGUGGCAGAUAGUUUGGAAGCCAAAUUUUACAAAUUCACUGACCGUGGCCACUUUCAGAAGACGGAGUUUCCCGAACUGAUUGAUGUGGUAAAGUCUAUGCUGAAAGUAUCAGCACAAAAAGAAUGAUUUCUGCUAUUCUGCAUACCAAUAUAGUAGAGCAAUGAUCAGAUUAUAAUCAUCAUUUAUAAAUCAUCAAAAAUGCCUAAAAAACAAACACAAGUGUCAAUGUUCAAACUAAGUUACAAGUAGCAUUUCCAUUUUCCAUAGAAUCUAUAUCUUUCCAAAUUGCUAUGAAUUAAAGCAGUAUUUUCCUUAUGAUAAGGGACCGUAAGGACAUGUUAACCAUCCAAAGUGAGGCAGACACAAAUGGAACCCAGGUUUCCUGAUUUCCAGCCCAGAUUAAAACUAAAUAAAUUUGAUGUAUAAGAGUUGUACCCCUCCUCUUUAAAGUAAAAUUUGUUUUGUUGGAGAAAGAAAACAUGACUAAAGGUCUAGAGUUCUGGCUUAGAGCCUAAAACACUAGCUGCUGUUUUGAGCUGGCCCAAGAUAUUAAACCCAGACUAGGGCCUUCACCUUUGACACCUUGACCCCCAACCCCCGGUCCUUCAAACAGGUUGAGAGACAAUGAAAUAUAAGGAUGCUAAGAGGCAGGGAUCUGCAAGGGUUAGGCAGGGAGUAUGAGAAGUCAACUUUAUUUGUCUAAGACCACAGUUGGGAGGAUAAGGGCUAUGUGGAGAACUCAUGUCAUGUGGGAAUGUGGCAAGGUGUGGCCAAAUUUCGGAUUUUUUUAGGAAAAAACUUUAUACAAUGGUUUUUAUAUUUAGGGAAUAUAUAUGUGCAUAUAUAUAUAUAUAUAUAUAUAUAUAUAUAUAUUCCAUAUGUACAUGAAUUACGUGUACAUACGGAUUAGUUGGCAAGUACAGUGUAAAUAAAAAAUUUACAAACACUGCAACACACACAAAAGUCCAAGCCAUUCAUUUGUGGCCUCUGCCAUAAUUAUUAACUUAGCCAGGUGCCUUAAAAGAUUCCCUAUAAAGCCUGAGAAAUGAACAUAAUGUCAAAAGAUAAAAUCAUGGAAACAAUUUGGAUUUUGUUACAGUCUUAAUUAUUUUUUAAAAUAAUCCUUCUGUUCCUCAAAUUUUUAUUCUGUAGAGUUCUUUUUAACUCCCAUGGUUCUUUAGAUCUCUUUCAUUUCCCAUUUUUCUUCUGAUCAUGAUAUAUAUUUAAAAAAACCUUUUCAUUUCUCAACAAUUUUUGCCUAUUACGAUCCCUAAAUAUUGCCUCAAACAACCAUCAGCGCAUUAUUAUAGGAAGUUCAACUGGACAGCACUGGAGUCUAGGGCAUUGUAUUUUAUAUUCUUCCCUGACCCACCAUCUAAUAUGACUCAACUUGAAAUUACUUAACUAGUUUGCUUAGUUGGUUAU